AAGUGAAAGUAGAAUUAGAGAGGAAAAAAACAUCCGGUGGGUUCGCGUUGCAAUGUUUCUUGUGGGACUUACGGGUGGAAUAGCCUCGGGGAAAAGUACCGUGGCUAGAAUAUUAAAGGAAGACCUUGGGUGUGUGGUGAUCGACGCUGAUGUUGUAGCUAGAGAAGUUGUUCAGCCAGGAACAAAUGGAUGGAAGAAAAUUAGGCAACAUUUUGGCAGUGAUGUUUUCCUACCAAAUGGAGAAUUGAACCGUGAAAAACUUGGACAAGUGAUAUUCAAUGAUGCAGAGAAAAGAAAAGUAUUGAAUUCCAUCACCCAUCCAGAGAUUUACAAAGCUAUUGCUUGGAAAGUUGUAAAAAACUUCCUCCUUGGACAGCAUUUUAUCAUCUUAGAUCUUCCACUGUUGUUUGAAUCCAAGAAGAUGGUUCCUUUCAUGAGUUACACAGUAGUGGUGAACUGUUCAGAAGAGCAACAAGUCCAAAGACUGAUGGCCAGAAAUCAGUAUUCCAAGGAAGCGGCCGAAAUCCGAAUCCAGGCCCAGAUGCCGCUGAGUGAAAAAUGCGGUCUUUGUACCCGCAUCAUAGAUAACUCUAAGGACAUGAAGACCACGUACCUCCAAACGGUUCAGUUACAUAAAGAACUGUCUAAGAGCCUUCUCUACUGGAAGGUCCGCAUGCUGAUAGCCCUGUGUGCAGGCUCCGUGAUAGGACUGACUAUUUACGUAGUGAAGUGCAUAUUUAGGUGAUACAUGUUAAUGUAUUUAUAAUGUAUGUGUAUAUAAAUAAAUCUGGGAGAUGUA